AUGUCCCAACCUAAGGACAUCGAGAAAAGGUCUACGGCUGAGUCCAAUGAGUCUCCUUACGAGAAGGUGCAGUCAGAGGAGUCCCACGACCUCAAAAGAACCUUGUCUCAGGACUCUGCCACCACAGCCAGCUCCGAAGUGGUGACCAAGUCGUUUGGUAUACGCAAGUCUGAGCUCAUCUUUGCCCAGAUCGAGCACGGGUGGCAGAAGGCGUUCUUGUUCUUCACCAUCUUUAUUUGUAUGUACAUUGCUCUGAUGGAGAGUUCGGCGGUGAGACAGUUUACAAGUUAUGCUACAGACUCUUACAAGCAGCACUCGCUCAUGUCGACCAUUGGUGUGAUUAGAAGUGUAGUUGCUGCUGCGUCGUUGCCCUUCUACGCAAGAAUGUCCGACACGUUCGGAAGAAUUGAGAUGUUUUUUGUGGGUAUGGUGUUCAGAAUCGUCGGUCUCAUUAUUCAAUCCCAGGCCACCGACAUCAACAAAUAUGCAGCCGGUGUUGUGUUGUACGGUUUCGGUGUGGCUGGCAUGAGAAUUUUGUGGCAGAUCAAUUUGCAAGAUGCUUCUUCGUUAAGAUGGAGACUUGCUGCCAUUGGUGUCUUGAGUUUGACUACUAUCAUCACCACCUGGUCGAGUGGUGAGGUGAACACCGCGCUUUUGGAUAACCGCAGCUGGAGUUUCGGUAUUGCCAUGUGGGCUUUCACCACCCCAUUGGUGUGUGUGCCAUACAUGGCCAUGUAUCUCUUCUUGUACUUGAAGGCCAGAAGAACUGAUGCUUGGAAGAAGCUCAAGAGCGAUGAAAAAGAGGCUUUUAUUGCCAAGCAUGCCGACGCCAAGAGAUACCAUGACGAGGUUCUUGCAAGUCCUACGGCGUCUGGGAGAUACCUUGGGUACACCAAGUACCUUGGCGUUCGCACAAAGCAGGUGUUGAUUGACACGUUUUGGAGGGUUGAUUUCAUUGGUUGUAUUUUAAUCGCAUUAGUUUUCGGCCUUAUUUUGGUGCCAUUGACCUUAGCUGGUGGCACCAGCCACAAAUGGGAAAGAGCUUCCACGAUUGUCCCAAUUGUGCUUGGAUUUGUCGUGUGUAUUCCUCUUUUCGUCAUUUGGGAGAAGAAAAUUACGAAGACACCAAUGCUCCCUUUCAAAGUCAUGAGAGACAGAGGUAUUUGGGCUGGGUUCUUAGUCGGUGUGUUCAGUACAUUGAUUACAUCUAUGCCUAACGACUACUCCUAUCCAGUUUUGCUUGUUGGUAUGAACGCUUCCAAAACUGUGGCUACUCGUACGGGUCUCUUGAACUCUUUCGUCGAGGGUAUUGCCAUGCCCAUUUUGGGUUUUGUGUUGUCUCGUGUGAGGAGAACUAAAGGUUUCAUUCUUUUUGGUGACGCCGUUAUGUUCAUCGCUAUGGGUCUAUUUGUCCACUUCAGAGGAGACAGCAACGGUACCCGUGCCAAGUAUUUCCGUGAUGGUGUUGCCAUCGCUUACUGUAUUGAAGGUUUCGCUACCAUCUUCUUCACAAGAGUGGCCUCUGUGUCUGUCCAGGCCUGUACUAACCACGAGUACAUGGCCACAGUCACUGCGAUUUUUGCCGCUACGUAUCAGAUUGGAUCAGCUAUUGGCAGCUCCGUCUCUGGUGCCAUUUGGACACAGCAGAUGUAUCAGGUCAUCUACGAUAAGAUGGAGGAGUUGGGCGUCGACCCAUCUUUGGCAAAGCUUGCUUAUCAAUCUCCAUACAAGUUCAUCGAAAAACAUGCAUGGGGCACACCCGGAAGACGGGCCGUUAGUAUGGCGUAUGCAGACAUUCAAAGAAAGCUUUCCAUCACGGGUCUUUGUCUUUGUGUGCCCAUGCUUAUUUGGAUAAUGUUUUUGAGAGACCACCGCUUGAGCGACGCCCAGAACUUGGACGACGAGUCUGUGCUUGAGAAGGGAGGUGUCGAGAAGGUUGCAGAGCGUAGCAAAUCCAGGAUGUUGUUUACUGAGGACAAGGACUACAUUCUUGAUUUCCUCAAAAAGCUUGUCGGGAAAAAAUAA